GCUUUACUAGAUUUGAGGGGGAGAGGAAGGAGAGGAAGGACGAACGAAAUUCAAAUUGGCGCUCAAGUUUUCAAGUGUCAACGUAUCCUAAUUUACUUAAAUCCCCCCUCCAUCCUCUCCCUCAAACAAUGUCAGAUCUGCCGCCGGAAAACCCCAAUCUGUCGCUCACUUCAUCGUCUUCCUCUUUGCACCAUUCCUACAGCCGGAAGCAGAAAUCUCUGGGCCUUCUUUGUACCAAUUUCUUAGCUCUUUAUAAUCGUCAUGGUAUCGAAACCAUUGGGCUUGAUGACGCCGCCUCAAAACUAGGAGUUGAGAGACGGAGAAUCUACGAUAUUGUUAAUGUUCUGGAGAGUGUUGGGGUUUUGACAAAAAGAGCCAAGAAUCAGUAUACGUGGAAAGGAUUCUCUGCGAUUCCGGCAGCGUUGAAGGAGCUUCAAGAAGAAGGUGCUAAGGACACUUUUCACCGUUUUUAUACCAACGAGAAUGUCAAAGUAUCUGAUGAUGAAGAUGAUGAGGAAGAGUCUUCUUCUCAGCCUCUUUCUAGUAGCCAGACUGAUACCUCCAAACCUGUCUCUCUUCCCCAGUCUUCAGAUCCCUCUAAAAUAGAUAAUAGACGAGAUAAAUCUUUAGGACUGCUUACUCAGAACUUUAUCAAGCUCUUUGUUUGCUCUGAAGCUAGGAUCAUCUCCCUUGACGAGGCUGCAAAAUUACUUCUUGGAGAUGCCCACAAUACAUCAAUAAUGAGAACAAAAGUGAGGCGGCUUUAUGACAUUGCGAAUGUCUUGUCAUCAAUGAAUCUCAUUGAGAAGACUCACAACUUAGAUUCUAGAAAACCAGCUUUCAAAUGGUUAGGAUACAAUGGGGAGCCUACUUUCACACUGAGCAGCGAUUUGAUGCAAGCUGAAUCAAAGAAGAGAGUUUUUGGAACUGAUCUCACUAACGUCAGUGUCAAGAGAAGCAGAACCCAUGAAAGUGCUACCGAGAGGAGGAUAAAGAUGAAACAACAAGCAAUAGCAGAUAGUUCUUAUAAUCAAAGCUCUGAUGAUGCUCAUGAAUCAAGAGGUUACGAGUUUGGUCCUUUUGCACCAGCCGCUGGUGGUACAUAUCCAGCUGCUCGUUUGGAGGACAACUCCAAGAGAGCUUUUGAUGUUGAGAAUCUAGUUUCGGAGUAUCGUCCUUCUUACCAAAAUCAAGUUUUGAAAGACCUCUUUGCGCAUUACAUGGACGCUUGGAAGUCAUGGUACAGCGAAGUCACGCAGAAUAAUCCAUUACCAGAUACAUCAAAACGCCAUUAGAGAUAUUCUUAAUCUUCUCUUACCAGUGAACAUUUCGUUUUGACCAAUGUGGGUUUAGUUUCUCCACACAAUUUUAACGGCAGGAAUCCGACAUUUUAAGAUGCAGACUGCACCAUCUCUGUGCUUUUGUAGUCACUGUAGGCUGUUUAGAAAUCAUCUUUUGCUUGAUUCCGAUGCCAGUUGUAUGUAACUUAUAUAUAAUCCCCAUCUUUUAUUUUUAAAGAAUCUCAAAAGUGAAA